AUGACGCCAAAACGACCAAAGAAAAGCGGCCCAAAGGGUGGGCCGGCGACUAAGAAAGGGAAAAAGGGGCAAGUCAAGCAAUCAAGUAUCGAGAAUAGUUCUUCCAAGGCUCCCGUUGUUGAACAAAAUCAGUUCAUCGAAAAUCAGGAGGACGAUUCUCAGGAUGAAGGUUUGUUUCAAAAGUUGCUAGAUCAACGAUUACUGGAUAUGGACUAUCCGGAAGACAGCGACACAGAGGAUGAAAAGUCGGUAUCAGACCGAGAUAAAAGGCUACUAUCUCAGCUAAAGAAGGGUAUGUCAAUUGCGCAACGCCGUGAGAUUCUUAGCAAGCUUUCUCCUCCAGCAAUUUAUCGGUCCAUAAAAACAUUGACAGACUGUGCUGCGGCAACGCCUGCUAUCGCAUCAGUACAAGAAAUGAAGAAAUGGUGUGAGAACUCUAUAUUCCGUCCAACGGUGAUGUACUUCCUGGAAGGCUAUUUAUGGCCCCAGCAAGCGAGCAAUAAGUCUUGGGGUCGAGGUGAUGAUUUUUCAACGAUACUUGAAAUCAUUACGGCCGAAGCUAAGAAUCGCACACGAAAUUUAACCAAGGACUUCAGUGUAGACCGGUCAAAGUGGACAGCCACUGAUUGGAGUGCAUCAGCUUUACAGCGUAUCUUCGAGGAAAAUGAGGCUACACCAAACGGACUAUGGGAUGGGCACAAUGCGUCUAAUGAUAGGAAAUACGCUGUUCUCUAUGCCAUCUUCACGACUUUCAUCAGAGAAUGCUCACCUUCUCGGUUGAUCGACACAUGGCCAUCGCUCAGCAUAUCUCCUGAAAAGGAGAAAGAGCUCCGUACAAAGUUUCCUCGUCUGAAAGACAUCCUUGACCAGAGAUCAGGUCGUUGGGAUGCUAAAAUGAAAGAAAGGUCCAAAGAUGGGCAAUUUGAGGAAGAGGAUGAAGACAAGGAGGACGAGAACGAAACUUUUGAGGAGACGAAUGAACAAUCUAAGACUAAAGAUAAGUAG